UGUGAUCUACAGAAAUGCACAUUAAAUCUCCAUCAUGUAUCCUAUUUCCUGCCUCACAAUCUUUGUUGUAAGCAUCAUGGGCCCAUGGGCAAGUUCUGGAUUCAAAAUCUGUGCCUUUAAUGUCCAAAGUUUCGGUGAAUCCAAGUCAUCUAAUCCCAGAAUCAUGCACACUUUGGUCCGGAUAGUGUCACGCUGUGAUAUAUGCUUGCUCCAGGAGGUAAGAGAUCACAAAAAGAAAGCCAUUCCACUCCUGAUGACUGCCCUUAACAGAUAUGACAGUGGUCACAGUUACGACUAUGUGGCCAGUGAACGCCUGGGAAGGACACCAACCUACCAGGAACAGUAUGUUUUUGUGUACAAGACAGAGACAGUCAAGGUAUUAGAGACAUAUCAGUAUCCAGACACGCAGAAAGGAGACGAGGAUGCAUUCUCAAGGGAACCCUUUGUGGUACUUUUUGAGGCUCCUAAAACUGAGGUGGGGAAGUUUGUUCUGAUUCCACAACACACCACUCCUUCCAAUGCCACCAAAGAGCUUGAUGAACUGUAUGAUGUUUUUACUGAGGUCACAAAGAUGUGGAGGAUACAGAAUGUGAUGUUCCUGGGUGACUUCAAUGCAGCAUGUGGAUAUGUGGCCAAGAAAAACAGGAAAAAUAUUAGGUUAUUUUCCAAUCCUCCCUUCCUCUGGUUGAUUGAUGAUAAGACUGACACUACAGUGAAAGAAUCCACAGACUGUGCUUACGACAGAAUUGUUGUGCACGGGGAAUCUUUUGCCAGAGCAGUGGUUCCACGUUCAGCAGGCCCUUUCAAUUUUGCACAGAAGUUCCGUCUCUCAGAAGCUGAUGCACUGGACGUGAGUGAUCACUACCCUGUGGAAGUGGAUCUUAAAUCUGGGGCAGUAAAUUUACAGCCCUCAUGGCUCUCCCUCCUAACUGUGACCUGCAUCCUCCACCUUGUGCUGUAUGAGAUUCCAUCGCUUUCAGCAUGGAAAUAA